GGCUUAGCAAUGGAUCAACCGGAAACUGGUGGCGCCCAUUGACAGUUCUGAUGCACUAAAUACUUGCUGUCUCUUGUCAACAGCGUCAACUUUCUUUUUUAUGGUGGACGUCGGGUCCGCUCAAUGUGCGAUUGUAGGUAAUAAGUUUUUUUAAGGAAAAUGGCAUUGUCCACUGCGCGCCCACUAGUAAGUGUUUAUGAUGAAAAAUCCGAAGCAAAAGGCACCAGCAUUGCUUUGCCAGCAGUCUUUAAGGCUCCCAUUAGGCCUGAUGUAGUCAACUUUGUGCACCAGCAGGUGUCGAUGAACCAUCGCCAACCCUAUUGUGUCAGUGAUAGGGCUGGGCAUCAAACAUCUGCCGAAUCAUGGGGUACCGGUCGUGCCGUUGCCCGUAUUCCUCGCGUCAGAGGUGGCGGUACUCACCGUUCCGGCCAGGGUGCUUUCGGUAACAUGUGUCGUGGUGGACGAAUGUUCGCACCCACCAAACCAUGGAGACGUUGGCACAGACGCGUAAAUGUAAACCAACGUCGCUACGCUCUUGCUUCUGCGGUCGCCGCGAGCGGUGUGCCAGCUUUAGUAAUGAGCAAAGGCCAUGUUGUUGAUCAGAUCCCGGAGCUCCCACUGGUCGUUUCUGACAAGAUCCAAGAACUUAACAAGACCAAACAGGCCGUGCAAUUCUUGAGGAGAAUCAAGGCCUGGGCUGACAUCCAGAAGGUUUACAAAAGCCAACGUUUCCGCGCCGGCAAAGGUAAAAUGCGCAACAGGAGGAGGAUUCAACGUAAAGGACCUUUGGUUGUUUACCAUCAAGACCAGGGAUUGAUCAGGGCCUUCCGUAAUAUCCCCGGCAUUGACCUAGUCAGUGUCGACAGGCUCAACUUGUUGAAACUUGCUCCUGGUGGUCAUGUCGGUCGUUUCGUUAUUUGGACUCAAUCCGCUUUUGCCAAGUUGGACCGCGUCUUUGGUUCGUGGAAGAGCGAAUCGCAAGAAAAGAAGAACUACAACUUGCCACAGACCAAAAUGGCCAACACUGACUUGUCUAGGUUGUUGAAGGCUGAUGAAAUUAAGGCUGUGUUGAGGAAGCCCCAGAAGAAGGUGGUACGUCGUGUGCGCCGUCUUAAUCCAUUGAACAACGCCAGAGCUUUGGUAAGGCUGAACCCAUACGCAGCUGUAUUGAAACGUCAAGCUAUUUUGGCUCAAGAGAAACGCAGUCUAGCGCGCGAGGAGGCCUUGGCUAAGAAACGUGGAAUCACGUUGCCUGAAUCCAGCCCCGUUAUUCGUUCCGCCAAAAUGCAGAAAGCAAGGAGAGCCCAGAUCUUAAAAGCUAAGAAAUCGAAGCCCGCCCCAGCGAAAAAGGCUGCCAAGGCGCCCGCAAAGAAGUAGACAUUUAAAUCAAAGUUAUAAUAAUAAAACGUUAUUAUAAUGUA